AUGCUAGAAAAUACACUCUUGCCAUAUCUUUACUCGCCUAUCCAAGACACACUCAUUACAGGGUUGUUUCUAAGUACGAUCUCCUUGGCCAUUCAUCUUGCAGUCAAACGUCGCACUUCAUUGAAAUUCACUGUGGACGAUGUCUGUCUACUCAUUUCUUGGGGACUAUCCCUUGGUACUCAGGCAGUGAUUUUAUAUGCCCUUAACCACGCGGGACUUGGAGUCCAUAUUGCUGAUCUUGCUCUAUCAACGCUUAACCAAUAUCAGAAAUUGUAUCUUAGUGCAAUAUGCCUAUUCAUGUCCAGCUUCUGCCUGGCGAAAGUUGCGCAGCUAUUGUUUCUAUACCGACUCACGGCGAACCAAAGUCGCUUCCGUGCCAGCAUUUACUUUGUAGCCUGCGUCAUCAUCAUCGGACCAAUUACGACCUCGAGCUGUCUGGUUUUCGCAUGUCGACCAAUCUCCAAGUCGUGGAAUGCAGCUGAAAAUGGGCAGUGCCUCAACUGCGGCGCAGUGUAUGUGGCGAUUGCUGUGUUAAACAUCAUUUCCGACCUGACACUGACGAUGCUUCCGGUUUCCCUGGUCAUAUCCUCGCAACUGGCUUCAGCGUACAAAGUGCGCAUUAUUGCUAUGAUGCUGGUCUUUUUCAUAACCGUGAUAACGGGCGCGAUCCGACUGACCGUCACCGUCACCCUUUUACACUCCAGCGAUGAAACCUACGAUUCUGCCCCCGUGGCAUUGCUUGUUGGGUUUGAGGCUAAUCUAUUUAUCCUCACGGCGAGCCUGCCUGGGAAACUGAUUCCCUCACGGCUUUCGAUUGAGUUGAAGGGGACAGUCAAUCGCUAG